AUGUCUCCAAAUGAAAACCUUAAUCCUAGUACUCUUAUGUCUCGGUCUCGAUCUCGGUCCCUAUCUCCGACUGUAAACUCUGUUGCUCUCACACGAUGUCGAAGGCAAUUACUCCGACCAGGAAAAAUCGAGACAAUACCGACGCCAUAUCCAUGGGCGAGGAACCGACAAGCAAUCAUACACAGUAUGAGAAACCUAGUUGGAGAUGGGAUUUUGAAAAUUGUAGGAAAAAUGAAGUGCAAGAAGUGUGAGGUAGAGAGUGAAAUAGAAUAUGAUCUAGUGGAGAAGUUCAAGGAAGCAGAGAAAGUCAUAGUGAACAACAAAUCUGUGAUGUACAACUGUGUGUUGGAGGUUUGGAACGCCCCGAAGCGGCUCGACUGUGAGAAUUGUGGCCGAGAAAGGUCUGUCGAGGCAAUGAUAGGGAAGAAAAGAGAGAUUGUAGGAUGA